AUGCGCCCUCGAACUCGAGACAUGUUCACAAUCGCAAUAUUUUGCUCCCUUCCCGUUGAGGCGGAGGCCAUUGAAUGCCUUUUCGAUGAAUCCUAUGACCGGUUGAGCAAGUAUUACGGGAAGCAAAAAGGUGAUACCAAUCUCUACAUUAACGGGAGAGUCGGUAACCACCAUGUCGUUCUUUGCUAUAUGCCAGGAAUGGGAACUACCAACGCCGCGGCUGUCGCCUCAGCAUUGCGAGCCAGCUACCCCAGGAUUCAGCUUGCCCUAGUUGUCGGUAUAUGCGGCGGGGUCCCAACGGUUUCAAAGAGUGAGAAUAUCUUCUUGGGUGAUGUAGUUAUCAGUGACUCUCUGAUACUGUAUAACUUCGGCAGACAAUAUCCUGGGUCUUUCGAAAGAAAAUCCGAGGUCCAGGAAGCUCUCGGAAGGCCAAACGCAGAGAUACGAAGUCUCCUCAAUGCCCUGAGAUCAACUCGUUCCCGUAACGAAUUUGAAUCUCAAAUUAUGCAGUAUGUUCGGAAACUACAAAAGUCAGAUAAGAAGUGGUGCCAUCCACAAAUUGAUGAUAUCCUCUUUGACGCUUCUUAUGUCCACAAGCACCACCAAGAAGACUGCAAUGCCAGUUGCGCCUGUCUAGUGAGUGAGACACUCGAUGAUAUUUGUGAAGAUGCUCUAGCAAAAAGCUGCGAUGAUCUCGGAUGCGACAAAAGCCAAAUAGUCCGCUGUCUAAAACCUGUGGAAAAAAUCGGUGUCUCGGCCAAUAUUGGAACAGUUGCCUGCGCAAAGGCAGUGAUGAAGUCUGGAUAUCACCGCGACAAAAUUGCGAAAAAGGACAAGAUUAUAGGGUUCGAAAUGGAGGGAGCAGGGGUGUGGGAUAUCUUUCCGUGUGUCGUGAUAAAAGGUGUGUGCGACUAUGCGGAUAGCCACAAAAACAAACUAUGGCAAGCAUACGCUGCAGUGACAGGAGCCUCUGCAGCGAAGGCAUUUUUGGGGUACUGGAGGCCUCAAGCUCGUCAAGCAGAGAAGGGCUUGUCUCGUCACUUUUCUGUCCCUUUUGGCAGAAAUCAUCGUUUUGUGGGCCGCCAAGACGAACUUGCCCAGUUGGAAGAAUGGGCUGUCAACCCUGAAGAACGAGGAAAACUCGCAGUUACUGGAUUGGGCGGCAUAGGUAAGACACAGAUAGCUCUAGAGCUAGCAUAUCGCAUGCACCACAAUGGUUCCGACUGUUCGAUCUUCUGGAUCCCAUGCAAGAACAACGACUCUUUUCGACAAGCCUGUAUGACCAAUGCACAAACGUUAGGGAUUGAGGAUGUAGAUCCAGCAAAAGUGGAGGAGCAAGUUCAGGCCUUUCUCAGCCAGACAAAUGAUAAGUGGCUGUUAAUCCUGGAUGGCGCCGAUGACAUGGAUAUGUGGAUGAACGGCAGCGGUACAACUGCACCUCUCAAGAACUUCCUUCCUUCCAACAGGCACGGUCGUAUUAUCUUCACUACUCGCAACCGGAAAUUAGCCGUGAAGCUUGCAUCGCAUGAUGUGAUACAUGUGGGAGAUCUCGAUGAAGCGGCCGGAGUGGGACUACUGGAGAAAUCCUUGAUCCAACAAGACCUAGUCGAAGAUAAAGACGCCACGACCUAUCUCGUCAAACAAUUAGCCUUCCUUCCACAGGCUAUUACACAAGCCGCGGCAUACAUGAACGCAAAUGAGAUAGGAGUAUAUGACUAUCUGAUGCUUCUCCAUGAGCAGGAAGAAGACGUUGUGGAGCUUCUGAGUGAAGAUUUCGAAAAUGAUGGGCGCUACGAAGCUUCUGACAUUCCAAUAGUCCUGACUUGGUUUGCCUCGUUUCGUCAAAUCGAGAGGCUCGAUCCGCUUGCUUCCGAGUACCUCUCACUAUUGGCCUGUCUCGGCCAGCAAAGUAUACCGGAAUCGUUUCUUCCACGACCAUUGUCGAGAAGAAAGAUGGUUGAAGCCCUUGGGCUUCUAAAAGCCUAUUCAUUCAUUGCUAUCCGACCAAGUGAUAAGUGCAUAACCAUGCAUCGUCUGGUGCAUCUAGCAGCUCGGCAGUGGUUGAGGAGUCAGGACCGCAUGGAACUUUACACGCACAAGGCAGCAGAGCGGCUGGGUGAGGUUCUGAAUGAUGACGGUAUCAACGAGAAACAUCGGAGACUAUACGUACAACAUGCUGAAUUCCUACUUCAUGAACUUCAUGUUAUGGCAGUUUACGCGCACUGGAACAUACGUGUCAGCUCGGGUGGUGAUAAGAGUGGAGCAGAGGAAGAGGGACUGCUUUUGCAGGGGAGGAAUACAUUGUCCCAUAGCCUGGAGCCAUGGGAUCCGAGAUGUAUGUAG